AGUUUGUGUAUACGUAGACAUUUCAGUCGGCUUUGUCACUCUUUCGCGGAUACCGUUUGCUACCGAGUUAAAAUCUGGUGACACAACCUUAACAUCUUUUCAGUUUCGCUGCAAUUACGAGUGCCCAUCCAGACCCGGAAAAAUGGUAGCAAAACAGAGAAUUCGCAUGGCCAACGAGAAACACAGCAAAAACAUAACGCAGAGAGGAAACGUGGCCAAAACUACGAGAAACGCCCAGGAUGACAAAGUGUCAGUUGGACCCUGGCUUCUGGCGCUUUUCAUCUUCGUUGUAUGUGGAUCAGCAAUAUUCCAGAUCAUCCAGAGCAUCCGGAUGGGAAUGUAAGAUGGAGGCCCCCACCUGUCCGCCUGUCCUCCACCUGUCUCCCGGUCAUCUCCCACCAGCAUCCCUCACUCUGCCUUCCUGAUGGAUACCCCAGGCCUGGCGAGGCUCCAGCCCCCAAACAUCCUCCUUCUUCUGUUUUUUUUUUCUUUUUGUUUUGUUUGUUUGUUUGUUUUCUCGAGUUUUUGGCCACGCCAGGUCGCUGUGCCCACCCUCCCUGUGCCUUAAAAGUGGAACCAAAAGCACGCGUUUAGAAAGCCAUACGAGUUACAAUCCUGCAUUCCAAUCUGGGACCCACGAUCAAAGAGUCAAAGUCUCGCACAAUUUUGUAAUCCUGUUUUUUAAAAGAUCUGUGAUUCCAAUUAUGCAUCUAUCCUUGACCAUGUUGGACUCUACUUUGCCUUCUCUGUACAUGAUUCCAGUCUAAUUGCAAAUAAUGUCCUCUUUAUUCUAGGGGGAUUUGUUUUUUUUAAAAGGUGUUUUUUUUUUUGGUUUGUUUCCUAUUGGGAAUAGUACACCUCUUAAGUCUUGUACACGUCCAGGAAGCGACCACUGAGAAGACGACAGUAACUUUAUUCCACAGCUGUACAAAAUGGAAUUUAAAUUGUAAGAAAUGUUUGUCUUAAUUUUUCCCUUCUGUAUUUAUGGAUCUUAAUUCUGAGAUGGUGUUGCGCUUUGGUUCUGUAUGUCCAUUGAUUUCCAUGUGUUUGUUACCUAAAGUAGGGUGUGUGUGUGUGUCUGGUGCUGAGGGGUUGGGCCAAAGAGCGACUGGUUUUCAUUCCACUAAAGCCUAACCCUAACUGGUUGCCUAAUAUAGGAUUCCCACCCAAUCGCCAGCUCUACACAAGCUGGAUUUUUACACCCUCUUGGCCACCAGAGGGUGCACUGCCCCUACAGGAAAUGAAGUUCAGUUCGAAGUAAAUCUGCCUGCAGUGUGUGCCACAUGCAAAGAAAAACCUGCCUUUUCUGCUGAUAAAAAAGUAAAACCAAUAAAAAAAAGGAAACAAGGAA